CUGCCAUCGGAUGCGCCUGUGUCCGUAACUUCCGCCAAAAGUCCAACACUAACACUUCUGGUCAAUAAUGUGGUGCAAGGCACCGUUAGCUUACCGCGUGGUCGUGAAUACCACCUGUGCGCAUCCAACGAAGUGGCAACUGCGGCGGCACCGUGUGACCCAGGUGUCACUGCCACCAACCGAUUGGGCGUCAACAUUACCGACCAAGUAUACGUCUGUCCACCCGACGCGUGCUUCCUAAAGGGCACAUCCUGUGCCGGGCACGAGCUACAGAAGAAGGGCCUCAGGGGCUGCGUCGACUCGAACUUGACAGUCGGGUCGUUCAUCAAGAUCAACUUCGUAGUAUACGACAAGUUCGCAGAGCAGCCUCGUGCCACCGCAACCCGCUAUAUCGCAAUCACAAGCCCCUGCAGCAAUCAUGUAGAUAUCUACUGCUCCGCUGACAACUCAUGUGGCUCGGAUCCAUGUGAUGCACGCGCACUAUUGCGCACCUUCACAAACAGCACUACUUCUGGUGUACGGCAAUCACCGCUCCUGCUACUUGUCGAUGGUGGUAAUUCAUCAGUGAAAGCGCCGGCAGCGUCACUAACCGUGGCUACUCUGACGGCCUCCAUCAUAGCUUCGUCUUUACUUAACGGCUCUGGACUUUUGUACGACAAACAACAGCAGCUCACGUUGCCGUACGGCAGACCGGCACCGUAUUCAUUACUGCCAUGCAGCGACCUGCACAACCUUACCGGCUGCGGCGCACUGGCUGUUGAUGC